AUGGACCUUCUCUGCGCAGAGAGCCUAUCACCCCAGACCAAGUUCAUACGAGAGCGCCGUAUUGAAAGACUUCACGUUGGAAAGACCUACGUUAACUACCAGUGCACCCUGAGAUCCAUGGCACAGGAUGGGCAUGAAUGGCAGGCGGUACUAAAGGCAUGUCACAAAAGAUGUGCGGAACGUACCCUUGAGGUUUUGGAGCAAAACGGUUCAAUAUUUAUCAAGCUGGGCCAGCACCUGAGUAGCAUGAACUACCUGCUACCAGAAGAAUGGACUAAAACGUUUGUACCGCUACAAGACCAUUGCCCAGUGUCAUCGUACGAUUCCAUAGCAGCCAUGGUUUUAAAAGACACGGGGUCACCACUUGACGAACAUUUUGACCAUUUUGCCAAGACACCUAUCGGUGCAGCAUCGCUCGCACAAGUUCAUUUGGCAACCAUGAAGGCCACUGGCCAGACAGUCGCUGUGAAACUGCAGCACCCAGCCUUGGAAGAAUGGGUACCACUUGAUCUAUUUUUGACGCGGACAACGUUUUCAAUAGUCAAGUUCUUUUUUCCUGAAUACGACCUUGAAUGGCUUUCGAACGAGAUGGAGUCCUCUCUUCCCCUAGAAUUGGACUUUGCUCUCGAAGGGAAUAACGCGUUGCAUACGAAGGAGUACUUUUACAAGAUGCACGACUCACCAUUGGUAGUACCUGACGUUAUAUGGGGUAUGAAACGGAUCCUAGUCAUGGAAAACGUGUCUGGUCAUAGGACUGACGAUUUGCGCUAUCUUGACUCCAAUGGCAUUGAUCGCGACGAGGUCUCUGCGGCCUUAGCACGUAUCUUCAACGAGAUGAUAUUCGGGGACACGCCUCUCCAUUGUGAUCCGCACGGUGGGAAUAUAGCGAUUCGCAAGAAUAACGACCGAAGGAAGCCUAACUUCGACAUCAUACUCUAUGACCAUGGACUGUAUAGGGAUAUACCAAAGCAGCUUCGGCGAGAUUACGCGAAGCUUUGGCUUGCAGUCAUAGAUGCUGACGAAAUUGGUAUGCGCAAAUACGCAUACGACGUUGCCGGAAUCACCGACGACCAAUUUCCCUUGUUCGCGAGUGCUAUCACUGGAAGGGACUACAUAAAUGCCACUAAUUCAGUAGUGUCUAAGAGAUUAGAUCAGGAAAAGGAGGAAAUUUCUGGUGCCAUGGGAGAAGGGAUGCUGCAGGAGGUGAUUCCCUGGUGGACGUCUGUAGAUGAAGAAUACCAUGGCUGA